AGUAGGUCGGGUUCUAGCGGGCCUUCUUAGCCGACGACUCCGAUGCGUCGUGUGGUUCCUUCUGGCCGCUGUUUACUGAGCGGAUGCCGGCGGCGGCCGCGCCGAUGAUCUGGACUCCGGCGGGAGACCACGCCUCUCCGGCGGCACAACGCAACGCAACGGGUCGAGGUUGGCAGAGCAGGGGAUGCUGCUGGCCGGGCCGCUGAGCAUCGCCGGCGACCGGAGAGCAGGAGGCCCGAUGUGGAGGUCGCGCGCGCAUCGGCGGCGACGCUGCCGUCCUUCCAGCGCCCCCAAUGCGCGGGUGAGCGGGCUCACGUCCGCGGGCGGCGGAGGCGGGGGAAGGCGCAGGCGGCCGCUCGGGAUUUACCUCACGCCAGUCACAUUUCUAAGGUCCUGUUUAGAUCAGAAACUAGAGGCUAAUCAAGGAGUACAUUAAAGUGAAGCGAGCAUAAGUUCUGCAUUAAGCGAUAGCAUACCUCAAGGCUUCGAGGAGUACGAUCGCUGUGGCGUACCAGAAAUCAUACUGGGAGCCGCGGUCGUUGGGGUCGUCCUUGCCAAGGUCACUGGCGUAGCCGCCGAGCAGGACGACGGUGGCCCAGGUGAACGCCAGCGUGCCCAGCGCGUUGCCCACCCUCUCCGUCAGCGCCACGAACCGGACGAAGCGGUUCAGCCGCCCCUCGGGCGCCGCUGCUCCGAUGUGGCCGGCGUGAGGAUAAGCUGGUGGCAUCGGGACGCGGUGCUCUGCGGCGUCGACGACGUCGUUGGGCGCCAUUGCUCGACUUGCAGCUGAGCUUCAAUUCCAGCUGGGCCGGCCGAGCGGCGACUGAUGGUUAAUGGCGAAACUAUUAAGGCCAGGGACGCUCGAGCUCGAUCUCUGCGGAUGCACUGGUGAUUCCAGAUGUGAUUCCAGACCUUGGAUUAUCAACUCCGAGGACGUACCUUUGCCGGAAAGCAUGCCAUGCCAUGCUAUGCGCAGCUAGCGCUGCAAAUUCUACUGCAUUAUUGUAUUUGCUGGGAGUAGUAUAGUACUCCCUCACUGACUCAAAUUUGCCAAACAUGAUGUAUCUAUGCCAAGCAUCUAGAUACAUGUAAUAAAAGGUAAUUAAUAUGGGACGGAGGGAGCAGUA